AUGGCGCGUCUCGCGACCGUCGUGGCUCUGUCACUAGCCGGCUUAGCUCUCGCUCAGACACUUGAAGAUGGCACUGAAGUAACCCAGGAUAAUAUUGCUCCAGCUGUAGAGACAGUAGAAGACGCUUCUGCGUCAUCUUAUUUCCCAUACGAGCUGGAACAACUUACACCUGACGUUUUAAGCAACUUAACGAAUUACAAUCUCAGCAAUGUCGAUCUUUUUACCUUUAGCGAGGACGGACUUACAAAACGCGCCAGUCGUGCCUGCAAAACCUAUCCAGGAGACUGGAACUGGCCAUCUCGCCCAAUAUGGAAUCUACUUAAUAUUUUGUUAGGUGGCGCCUUGAUUGAGAGUGUACCAACAGCAGCACCAUGCUAUUCAGAUUGGCCCCAAUAUGACGAGGCCAAAUGUGCAUCAAUUACGUCUCAGUGGGAGACACCUUCGUAUCAAUCAUCGCAACCUUUAGGGAUCCAGUACUACGCUUUUGAGGGGGUUAGUUGUUUACCACCCACACUCACGCGAACGGGUGCCAACUGUACAUUAGGGGGCAUGCCCUCGUAUGUUGUUAAGGCUACCAAUGUAGCCCAAAUACAACUUAGCGUUAAUUUCGCGAGGAACAAUAAUCUAAGACUCAUUGUCAAGAACAAGGGCCAUGAUUUCAAAGCUAAGUCAACAGGCUCCGGGGCUCUUUCAAUAUGGACCAAUUCCCUUGAUAGCAUCCAAUAUCUUGGCCCCAAUUUCUAUCAUACUGUCUCUGGAUAUAAAGGACCUGCCUUCAAAAUCGGAGCUGGUGUCACGGCGCUGCCCCUUUACCAAAAAGCGGAUUCGCUGGGGUUGCAUGUCGUAGGUGGAAAUACUAGGACUGUCGGUUUGGGCGGAGGUUACACCGCUGGUGGCGGCCACUCCCCCUUGAGCAGCCUUUACGGCAUGGCCGCGGAUCAAGUCCUUGCGAUGGAAGUUGUUUUACCAAAUGGAUUCUUCGUCUCAGUUGAUGCAAAGCAUUAUCCUGACCUGUUUUUUGCUCUCCGCGGUGGCGGUGGUAGCACCUGGGGAAUCGUGACCUCACUAAUUAUCCGGGCCUAUCCGAAGAAGCCUGUCGCUACUCUAAGCUACAGUUUUGGUAUCAGUGCUGAUGUUCCAACUGAGACGUUCUGGAAUGGAGUUUACGCUGUUUUAGCCAAGUUCCCAGAGUACGCCGACAAGGGAAUGUACAGCUAUUGGUCUCUCAGCUGUUUCUUUGACUGCUCCUUUGCCAUGGCUCCUCAAUGGGGUAAUAAUAUGGACUCGGCUGCGCUAAAGAACUUGUCGGCCCCCCUAUUCGACGAGUUGCAAUCACUAGGCAUUACGGUCAGCGAUGCUGUCUAUACGGACUUCGACGGAGUCUUACAGGGAAUCGAGGGUACCUGGUCCGCCGAAAGCGAACAGGGCGGCAUUUGGAACUUUAACACUGGAUCAAGAUUAUUCCCUCGCUCAAAUUGGGACGUUGAACCGACCGAAUUCGCCGCUAACACCGGAAGCGUUAUACGAGCGGCCGCCGAGAAGGCAGGCCUGAUGCUUGGCUAUAAUAUAAAGGCGGCGGAUAAUCCCACAGUCAACCAGACUAACGCUGUUAACCCUGCUUGGCGAAAGACUGUUCUACACGCCCUGCUCGGAGCUACUUGGAGUCAAGAGGCGACACCAGAGGAUAUCGCAGCUGCGAAUAAGAACCUCGCAGAUAUGCUACAACCGUGGAGAGACGCGACCCCAGGGUCAGGCGCUUAUCUAAACGAGGCCGAUAUCAACGAGAAUAACUUCCAGGGAGCAUUCUACGGGUCUAAUUAUGCCUACCUGUAUCAACUGAAGCAGAAGUACGAUCCUUGGGGCCUUUUGUGGGCCCCCACGGCUGUUGGAUCUGAGGAUUGGUACGUCACUGGGCAGAUCGACUACUAUCCAACACAAAACGGAAAGUUGUGCCCGAAGUAGUAGAAAAUAUUUUCUUAAUAGACUAACUAAUAGAUCCCACGAGCUAUAUUUAAUAUCAC